AUGGACGUAAGAAACAAACUAAUCAUGUUAACUGAAUAUAGAAUUGCCUCUAAAAGUUCGUAGAAUCUAAAUUUAUCAGCCAAUGGACCAGGUCCUUAAACUUAUGAAAUCCCAUCUAUGUGGCUUAAAAUUUGGAUCAAGUACUAGACCUUCAAUGGAAAACAAUGGAAAAUAAAUAAUACCAGGCCCAACUUUCCGACAGCUUCAAGAGAAGAUUUAGUUGAAAAAGGUAAGAAGGAUAUUCCUGGACCAGGAUAUUACGAACAAAAAGAACUGAUAGGCAAUGAAGGAUAAUAAAAAUCAAUACUAGGCAAAAGCUAAAAUGUCUCAUUGGCUAAAGAUGCUCCAGAACUGCCUGGACCUGGAUAGUAUUAUCCAGAUUUCAACAAAACAAUGAAGACAAUUCCUACUCAAUCAAUAGGCAAGGCAAAAAGGGAAGACAUAAUGAGUUAAAAGUAAAUAGAGGGAAAGCCAGAUCCAGGGCAAUAUAAUCCAUCAGUAUCAUUCACAAAGAUAACUUCAACCGCAUGGGGCUUUGGAACUUAACAAAGACCAUUAGUUCUGAAUAAAUCUAAUAGCAUUCCAGGACCAGACUUAUAUGAAAUUCCAUCAAAAGCGAUAGAGGGACCUAAAUUUGUAAUUGGUAUUCGCCCAAACACAUCUAAAAAUGCAAUAAAGGAAAAGAACCCAGGUCCUGGCAUCGGGAAAUCAAAUAGAGCUGAUAUUGCUAAUUUAAAAGAAAAAUUUAAUAAUCCUGGACCUGGCUAGUAUCAAACGCUAGAAGAUGAAGUACUUAAAAAGCACACACCACUAGGUUCUGGGAAUAUUGGUCCAGGCACUUAUGAGCCUAAGUAUUUUAUUGGUUUUGAAGGACAUUACGCUACUAUCUCUGCAAAUAUGACUGCGAAAUUAAAUGAUCAAGAUACAAGAAAUAUGAAAGGCCCUGGACCUGGAUACUAUGAAACAUCUGUAGAUUUUACCAUUAAGCAGGCGCCCAAGUUUAAAAUUGGAACUAGUAAAAGAAGUCAAAACUUUUUGAAAGAUAAAUUAAAUUUUCCUGAUCCUCAUACUUAUAAUCCAUCAAAUACAUUUACUAAGGGAUAAUCAACAGCUAUCGGUUUCGGCACUAGCAAAAGAAGUUCUAAAGACUAUAGUCGUGAGAGGAUUCCAGGUCCAGGAACAUAUAAUACUAUAAACUCUGAGAAUAAGUAAUAUAAAUUUGCAAUGGGAAUUAAACCAAAAGAUAAAUCAAUGAAUGAAACACCUGGACCUGGUAAAUAUGACUAAAAUGCUAGCUUUAAAAUCAGAAAAAUGCCAGCUUAUUCAAUUGGUUAAAGACUCCAAACUAUUUCUCAUAAUACUUCUUAGCCAGGACCAGGUGAAUAUGACAAUUUGAAAGCCCUCAAACGAGCACCUAAAUUUUCAUUUGGAACAGGUUCUAGGGGACCUUAGGGUAGAAACGGAUCUCCUGGACCAGGAGAAUACAAGAUUCCUGUCAAAGUUGCUAACUUGCCAAGAUAUGCAUUGAAGAAACACAAUGAAGAAUUCAAAUUUGUAUGA